GAGAGAGAGAGAGAGAGAGAGGGAGAGUGGUCCAAUGUGAGUGUAUGGCUGACCGACUUUAGAAGAAGCAGCAGGGGCAGCCGUGUAAGAUAAGGAGAGAGAAAGAGAGAAGAAAAUAUUCUCCGGUAGAGCUGCAUUUCAUGGCAUAUGUCAUGAUGUCUGAAGAUGGUCUAAUGAGGGGCUACAUCGGCCAGGAUCCCAACCCUAAUAUCAAUUCAAAUUCAAACCCUAAUCCCAAUUCUUCAUCCAAUAAGCGCAAGAGGAAUCUCCCAGGAACACCAGAUCCAGAUGCGGAAGUGAUAGCGCUGUCUCCGAAAUCUCUGAUGGCGACAAACCGAUUCCUCUGCGAAAUCUGCAACAAGGGUUUCCAGCGGGACCAGAAUCUGCAGCUCCACCGCCGCGGCCACAACCUCCCUUGGAAGCUCAAGCAGCGCACCAACAAGGAGGUCAAGAAGAAGGUCUACAUCUGCCCGGAGAAGACCUGCGUCCACCACGAGGCGUCUCGCGCUCUCGGCGACCUCACCGGAAUCAAGAAGCACUACAGCAGGAAGCACGGCGAGAAGAAAUGGAAAUGCGACAAAUGCUCCAAGAAAUACGCCGUUCAAUCCGACUGGAAAGCCCACAGCAAGAUCUGCGGUACUAGAGAGUAUAAAUGCGACUGCGGCACUCUCUUCUCCAGAAAGGAUAGCUUCAUCACGCACAGAGCCUUCUGCGACGCGCUGGCGGAAGAGAGCGCGAGAUUCAGCAGCCCCGUGGCGUCGGCGAAUCUGAGUUUUAGGAAUGAAUUGUUGGGAAAUCCCCAAUUUUCGUUUAGGGCGGAACUGGAAGGCGGAAAUCAGCUCAGCUUUGAUCAUAAUAAUAUGCAGAAACCAAGACUGCCUCUGUGGCUGGACAGCGCAACACCGAACAAUUUCGGUGCAGCGACGAGCUUGCCGGAGUUGGUGCAGAUGGCGUCGCAAAAUCAUCAGUGGCAAGUACAAGCAGAUCAUAACCAAGUAGGAUUCGGUGGCGCAAGCAUUAAUAGCAUGGCGUCAUCAUCAUCUGCAAUUCCGAUUCCGAGAGUACUAAAAGAGGAGGAACAAAACAAAGCAAAUUUGUCCCAAGCCAUAAAUUCACUUUAUUACAACGAAACAAACAAUGCAGCAGCAGCUCAAAUGUCCAUGUCAGCCACCGCGUUGCUCCAGAAAGCAGCUCAGAUGGGAUCUACCAGAGCCACUGACUCCUCAUUCUCCCCAGCCGGAUUCGGCCUCAUCAACAACGCCUCCUUCUCCGCCCAAAACCCUACCAGUCUUGGCAAACCUGAUAAUAAUUUGAUGGCGGCGGAGAGCAGCCUAACCCGGGAUUUUCUGGGAGUGGGCGGGAAUGAUCAGAUUCAGAACAGGCAGCAGUUUAUGCCGGAAAACGAGCUGGCGAAGUUCGCGGCGGGGAUGGAGAUGAGCCAUUACAGCAGGAAUUGAUUAAAAAUGCAGGGAAAGAGAGGGUGAAAAAUUAAAGAAUUUACAGCUGCAGGUGGAAGAGGUAGAAACAGAAGAGAUCUUGUGAAGUGUCAGAGGGGGGUGGGGAGAGGUACUGCAUGUUGGAAGAGACGUGACAGAAGAUGACAUGGCAAUCACAAGGCACAAAUUCUUGAUUCUAAUGCACGUACAAAAACUCCUUUUUUUCCUUUCUAGGGUUUGCGUUACUUAUUAUAUGCAUGUAUAUAUUUAUAUGGACCACCAAAUUACUGUGUGCCCUGUGAUUCAUUGGGUUCACUGCUCUCUCUAUAUUCUGCAUUUCUUCUAUUAAUAAUUUCUUGCAUUUUCGAA